AUGAGUGCUGGGUGCUGGGGCUGGGUAGAUUCCCGCACCUAUCGUUCGAAGGGUCUCAAUUCAUUCUUUCACCUCUCUUUGAAAAGCCGCGACUGUUUAAACCGUCUACGAUGCCACACUCCCAUCACCACCGACGACGCCACUCCUGGCCCUUCGGCAGCCCUGGUGCCCAGCUCCGCGAGAAACGGAUUGCCCGAUACUCGCGGGUCCCGGAUCCCGCCGUGUUUGAAGAGCAGUACCUCGCCCCCCGUCUCCACAGACCUGCUCGAGGAUGACGCCGCGUCCGCUGGGAUUGUGCGCUCCCGGACGACGCGGUCCCACCGGUGGUUUCUGCCAAAACAGGCGGUUAGAGGUGAGCCUGCGGCCGAUGCUGCUGCCGCUGCUGCUGUUGGUGGCUCGCUGCGGAGGAUUAUCCGCCCGCCGUUGGAGAAGGCUCGGUCGCUGUUUGUGAUGCCUAUGACUACGAUGGCUGGGGAGCAGGUGGUGGUUUCAUGCUGGCUGCCUCUGGCCCAGGAGGUGGGGGCAGUGAUCGCUGCAAAGGGUGAAGAUGGAGUCGGCGAUAGGGUUGGCUAUUUGACGGUGGAGAAGAACCAUCGGAGAUGUCAUUCGGAGCAGCCGCGGUCGUGGAGAGCACCGAGUGCGAGUUUGUGGACGCUGUUGGAGGAGUAG